CAUUUGAAUUCCCUGGCCCGUCUACACAUUCACUCCUCUCUCGUCCAUCGCCGAUGCCCGAUAGCUCUCGUCCAUCGCCUCUCUCCAGUUUGUGCGUCUUUCAAUUCAUCUCUUUCCAUUGAGAGUAUCCGAGCGGCUAGGUCUGAAUCGCUUCCGCCGCCUCCUUCUUCCCUAGCUAAAACCUCCGAUCCAGAUUAUUUCUUCCUCAACCCUGCUUAUUCCAUUAAUUGGACUGUUCAACUUUCACAGAGUGACUGAGAAUGGAGUGUGUAGUUCAGGGAAUUAUCGAGACACAACAUGUGGAGGCCCUUGAGAUUCUUCUUCAAGGACUUUGUGGUGUUCAUAAAGAAAGCUUGCGAAUACAUGAAUUAUGCCUCAAAAGCAAGUCAAAUCUAGGGUUAGUGGGCUCAGAAAUUCGUCUCAUUUGUGAUCUUGAGCAACCUGAACCGAUGUGGACCGUUAGACACGUGGGCGGGGCAAUGAGAGGGUCUGGUGCGGAGCAAAUCUCUGUUCUGGUUAGGACAGUGGCUGAAAGCAGAGUGAGCAAGAACGCGCUCAGAGUCUUUAAUUCCCUGGGCUACAUACUAGACCAUGAGCUAUUGAGAGUUGGCUUUGGGUUCCAUUUCCAAAGAGGGGCACAUAUAACCGUGACCGUGUCGUCCAUAAAUAAGAUGCUGAAACUGCAUGCCACUGAUGAGGCUGUCCCUGUAACACCCGGCAUUCAGCUAGUUGAAGUGACAGCACCUGCUUCAGCUGAAAAUUACUCAGACAUUGCUGCUUCUGUAUCUUCAUUCUCCGAAUAUCUUGCACCGCUCUUGCAUUUGUCGAAACCGGGCAGUUCAACAGGGGUGGUUCCUACUGCUGCCGCGGCAGCGGCGUCUCUCAUGUCAGAUGGUGGAGGAACUAAGUUUUAGUGCAUGCGGAUAGGGGUUAUGCAAUGCUUGCCCUUCAUAUAAUAUCGGUGUUUGUGCAUUGUUCUCAUUUUGUAGUCACCCUUUUCGAAAGGAAAAAAAAGGUACACCAUCCAUUCAAUUGGAAAUUCUCAUAUUUGAGUUUUCUACCCAGAAUACUCAAAUCAAGUAAACUUUGGCUCAUAUGUUUUUAGUGGACAUUAAUGGAAGGUAUGAAUUUAUGCUUUCGUGAAAGUUUAAUAAAUACUCCCUCCGUCCCAAAAAGAUUUACACCUUUCAAAAAAAUUGUGUCCCACAAUCUCCUACCCAUUUCUAUUAAAAAACCACUUUUACCCCUUAUUUUUUUCAAACCCUACCUAUCACAUCAUACCUUUUUCCUAAUAAUUUAUACAUCACAUCUUACUUUUACCCAUCACAUUAAGGGUAUUUUUGGAAAGUCAACACAAAAUUAUCCCUCCCUUAAUUUCUACUUUAGUCAAAAUGGGUAACACUUUAUGGGACGGAGGGAGUAACAUUUUUUUUUAAAUUUCUUCCAUAUUUUUGUGAUACUUGAGCUAAAGGUCUCUUGGAAACAACUUCCUUACUUUAGAGUAGGGGCAGGUCUGCAUAACACACCCUCUCUAGACCGUACUCUCUUGGGAUUCAACGUAGUUGGGUCUUUUACG